AUGUCUUCAGAUAUCUUGGUCGCGGCUGCACUGGGUCGACCUUUCACCUUAGGGGCGCUCUACGACGCUCGGAAAGAUAAACUGAUCCCAGGUUUCACACUGUGGGAAGAUGAGUUUCUACAAGAGAGCACAGUUGAAAGCUCUCAGCCCAGCAGUGCAUUUGAAGUCAUUGCGUCUGAUUCUAUUGUCGACAAGUCUUCUCUGCUGGAUGUGGAAGCUUCUCUGAAAGCCAGUUUCCUGGGAGGACUGGUAGAAGUUGGAGGGUCUGCCAAGUAUCUGAAUGAUACAAAGAAAUUCAAGAAUCAGAGUCGAGUGACACUUCAAUACAACGCUACCACCAGCUUCAAACAGUUGAUGACUAAUCUUGGAAGCAAACACGUAGAAUAUUCUGAAUUUUUUGAGAACAUCCAGGCAACUCAUGUUGUGAUAGGCAUCCUUUACGGGGCAAAUGCCUUCUUUGUCUUUGACAGUGACAAAGUAGAUUCUAGCAAUGUUCAGGAAAUCCAGGGCAGCAUGGAAGCAGCGAUAAGGAAGAUCCCCUCGGUUGAAACGUCAGGGCGAGGUGCUGUCCAGCUAACCAGUUAGGAGAAUGCCAUAACCAACAACUUCUCCUGCAAAUUCCAUGGGGACUUCUUUCUCACAAGUAACCCAACAACUUUUGAGGAUGCAGUUCAAGCUUACCAGAAACUUCCACAAAUGAUGGGGAAAGAGACUGCUGUUCCAAUGACAGUAUGGCUCGUGCCGCUGACAAAUUUCUACUCAAAAGCACCUCAACUCUUAGCUGAUAGCAGCACUCUAAUACUUAGGAAGGCACGCAACACUCUGGAAGCCAUGAGGCAACUGGAAAUGAGAUGCAACGAUUGUCUGGAAGACAAAACGGUGAAGCUGUUUCCACAGAUUAGAAAGAAGAGCAAUUUCGGAAAGUUCUGUAAUGACUACAUGUUAAAUCUCCGGCAGACCAUUGCGGAGAAACUCAUAUUAUUCAGGAAUGGAGAAGAAGAUGAGAGGUCCUUGCUUAGAGUUUUUGAAAAAACCCUCAGAUCACCAUACAACGUCCACAACCUAAACGAGUGGAUGGAAUGUGUAGAAAGAGAGAUCAAUGUUGUUAGGUCCUGCAUGGACAUAUUAGAGGGAGCAAAGCCCAAAAUGGUUUCAGGUCAGAGUGAGAUGUUCAGUGAGCUUCUUGACUCAAGUGUAAAGCAUGCUCUGUGCUUUGUUUUCACCUUUGUGACAGACCAGGAUCCCUACCUGAAUGCGUUAAAGGAGUUCUUGGAUUCCCCUAAAAUGAUAAAUUCUAAGAAACUCAGACCACCAGCAAAACAGUACUGAUAUGCCUCAGAUGAUGUACCCGAGAUGAUGAGAGAAAAAGCCCACCUUUUCUACAAACUUGCCAAAGAAAUGAACAACCGCUGUGUCCGUUUCCUUGUAACGGCUAUAGCAAAUCCGAAGCAAGAAGGUGCAGGCAUCCAAUAUUACAGGGAGGGCAUCCAGAUCAUGGAUGAGUUUACUUUUUCUAUCAUGACUUCUGUGGAGAGGAUCCAAGACAGAAGAGAUUUACUCUGGUAUGACUGUGAGCUCACCCUGAACCCAGAAACAGCUCACCCGGCCCUGACUCUUUCUGAGGGCAACAAAAAGGCAGUGUCUGGAAAACCACAGCAAUAUCAAGAAUCAGAAGAGAGGUUCCAGAGGUAGCAGGUGAUAUGCAAUGAGGGGCUGAGUGGGCGCCAUUACGGGGAGAUAUAGUGGUCUGGUUAUGUUCGCGCAGGUGUAACAUAUAGAGGGAUCAUCAGGAAGGAUUGGGACUUAGUGGCCUCACUUGGACACAAUGAAAAGUCCUGGGUUUUUGACUAUUAUCCAACGUCAGGAUACCACGUCAUUUACAUGGGUGAAAAGAAAGUUGUCAGUGUGUCCUCCCCUGGCUUUACACGAUUAGGAGUGUAUCUGGACUGGCCUGCUGGCACCCUGUCCUUCUACAUGGUCUCCGCCGAUGUAGUUAACUGACACCUCUACACCUAUCAAACCAAAUUCAAUGAGGCCGUUUAUCCAGCCUUUUUUAUUGGGUUCAAAGCGCACCAAAACGGUUCGGUUAAAUUACUUUAA